CCUCUCCCCCUCUGCUCACGUGACCAGCCCGGCAAGUUGGGAGGGAGGGAGGGGCGCGGGGAGAGAGAGAGAGAGAAAGAGAGAGUCAGCCAGACGAGCGGGGCCGACCCCGCAAUAACAAUAAGGCGGGACAGGACCCUCUCCGGGGAGAGCAGAGCGGCGCGCAGACAAGCCUUCCCCAGUCCUCGCUCCUCGCUUGGCCCCAGAGGGGCUGGACGGCUCCGCUUUGCCCGGGGGAUGAAGAGGCGGCGGCGGAGGAGGAGGAAGAGCAAGAGCGGGGCCACUCGGCCGGGGCUGUAGAGGAGGCGGGAAGCAGCAGCAGCAGCGGCAGCGAUGGCCAACGAGUCGCUCCAGAGUGAUCCAGGAAACUGGUCGGUGCUGGAGCACUUGGGUUUGGAUCAGAGCUCAGAUUUCUCAGACAUCAGUGUACAGCAGAAGUUGGAUGAAGAAAAGGAUAAAAUCAAGCGUGAGAUCCGCAAAGAACUGAAGAUAAAGGAGGGAGCAGAGAACUUGCGCAAAGCUACCACGGACCGUAAGAACCUCUCCAAUGUGGAGAAUUUGCUCAAGAGCUCUAACCGCAAGCUGGAAACACUGCAUCACCAACUGCAGGAUCUCAAUGCACAUAUUGUUGUCAAAGACCCUGAAGAGCUAGCGGAAGCCCCACAGUCACCAGGCAGCCUGAGCUACCCAACAGCUACCCAAAACCGCAUUGCUGGCCUGGAAAAGCAGCUAAAUAUUGAGCUGAAGGUGAAGCAGGGAGCAGAGAACAUGAUCCAGAUGUAUGCUAAUGGCACUGCCAAGGAUCGGAAGCUGCUACAGACGGCCCAGCAGAUGCUACAGGACAGCAAGACCAAGAUCAAUAUAAUCCGCAUGCAGAUCCGCAAAGCUAUGCAGGCUGACGAGGUGCAGCUGAAUAUGGAGGAUGGACAAGGUAAUGCUGAUCUAAGUGCCAUAGAGCUGAGGAUCGAGGAGCUGCGCCAUCACUUCAGAGUGGAGCAUGCAGUCUCUGAGGGCGCCAAGAACGUACUGCGCCUUCUGGGCGCCAGCAAAGUUCAGGACCGCCAUGCCAUCUCUGAGGCACAGAUGAAGCUCAAUGAAUCGAGCCAGAAGUUGGAUCUCCUGCGACAUUCGUUAGAGCAGCGUCUGUCUGAGUUGCCCCAGGAUCACCCCAAGGGCUGUAUCAUCAAGGAGGAGCUCAUCCUAGACUCUUCGCCUACCUUCAGUGUCCGCAAUAAUACUUCUUACCAACAUAACCAGUACAAUACUCUCUCAAAGCCAUCACCACUCACAGGGACACUGGAAGUUCAACUGUUAGGCUGCAGUGGUCUCUUGGAGUUUGUCCCAGGACGCACCCGUGGCUCCACUGUGUCCUUGCCUUGCAACAGCUCUUUCAUGAGCCGCAGCGGGCGAGGAUUGUACAGUCGCAGUGGUAGUGUGAGUGGCAGAACUACCAUCAAAUGUGAAGAUAUCAGCAAUGAGGUGAGUGCUGUCCUGAAGCUGGAUAAUGGAGUUGUAGGCCAGACGGCAUGGAAACCCAUUGGCUUACAGGCAUGGAACCAGACUUUCACUGUGGAGCUGGAGAGGGCAAGAGAGCUGGAGAUUGGUGUAUACUGGCGUGAUUACCGAAGUCUCUGUGCCCUGAAAUACCUUAAACUGGAGGAUUUCCUUGACAACCAACGCCAUGAAAUCCACCUGGAGUUGGAGCCACAGGGUACUCUCUUGGCAGAGGUUACUUUUUUUAACCCUGUCAUUGAGCGCAUACCCAAACUUCAGCGACAGAAAAAGAUCUUCUCUAAGCAACAAGGCAAGGCUUUCCUGCGUGCCCGCCAGAUGAACAUUGAUAUAGCCACAUGGGUGCGACUCCUGCGGCGCAUUAUCCCCACGGCCAGCACCACAGGGACUUAUAGCCCCUCAACACAGAUGAACCCAGCAGUUGGCUCAGAAAGUAGACACAGCCUAAAUUCUGGGGACGUUGCCAUUGAGAAGCUGAACUUAGAAGGUGACAGAGUUGAACAGAUGGGCCAGGAUGACAGUGAACUGCCCGGGAAGGUGUUGUUGGGCCUGCAAACUGGGGAGGAGAUCCCCUUCCAAUUGGAACUGGGCCCAGGAUGUGAGGCCAGAGGAUCUGAGAGUAUUUUUCCCAGCCACCUGAGAAAAACACCUCUCACUAUGGAUGAUUUCCGUUUUGUAGCUGUGCUGGGCCGUGGACACUUUGGCAAGGUGCUACUAUCCGAGUUACACCGAACAGGGAAUCUGUUUGCUAUUAAAGCCUUGAAGAAGGGAGACAUCAUUGCUAGGGAUGAGGUGGAGAGCCUGAUGUGUGAGAAACGGAUCUUCGAAAUUGUGACCCAUGCAAAGCACCCCUUUCUAGUGAACCUUUUUGCCUGUUUCCAGACACCACAGCAUGUCUGUUUUGUUAUGGAGUACACAGCAGGUGGAGAUCUCAUGAUGCACAUCCACACAGAUGUAUUCACAGAGCCACGUGCCACAUUUUAUGCUGCUUGUGUUGUCCUGGGGUUGCAAUUCCUUCAUGACCACAAAAUUGUAUACAGGGACCUGAAACUGGAUAACUUACUGCUGGAUACAGAGGGAUAUGUGAAGAUCGCAGACUUUGGCCUCUGCAAGGAAGGGAUGGGCUAUGCUGACCGUACAAGCACAUUCUGUGGCACACCAGAGUUUCUGGCUCCUGAGGUGCUGACAGAUACAUCAUACACAAGAGCUGUUGACUGGUGGGGCUUGGGUGUCCUUAUCUAUGAGAUGCUUGUUGGGGAGUCCCCUUUCCCUGGAGAUGAUGAAGAGGAAGUAUUUGACAGCAUUGUCAAUGAUGAGGUGCGCUAUCCUCGCUUCCUUUCCACAGAGGCCAUUGGUAUCAUGAGACGGCUGUUGCGGCGGAACCCAGAACGACGGCUGGGCUCCAGUGAGCGUGAUGCAGAGGAUGUCAAGAAGCAGCCAUUCUUCAGGAGCAUUGAGUGGGAAGCUCUGUUGGCCCGUAAAAUCAAGCCGCCAUUUGUGCCAGUUAUUAAAGGCCGUGAAGACAUCAGCAAUUUUGAUGAAGAGUUCACCGCUGAAGCAGCCUUGUUAACGCCACCCCGUGAAUCACGGCCCCUCACCCAAAAGGAGCAGGAUUCCUUCAAAGACUUUGACUAUGUUUCCAAUGCCUGCUAGCUCUGGGAGUGGGGGCAGGGAGAUCCCCCAAGACUGCCAGCCCUACAAGGCGGGCUCUGCUCCUCAGUGACUCUGAUGCUUGCUAGCCCUGCCUGUAGCUCCAGGAGUGGAGCUGGGAAAGCCCAGCACACUGCCAACCUCACAGGGGACAGUAAUGUUCACCAACAUGUGCCAGCUCUGGGAUUAGAUAGGGAAAGCCCUGGAAAUAUUUCUGCACCCUACAACAUGCAAUAUCGUUUAUGCAGAAAGUUGGACACUUGCUAGUUCAAAGGGAAGGGCAGAAAGAGAGAGCAUGCGGGCCAGCCCAGUAUGAUAGGCUCUGUGGAGUGAGCGACUUGAGCAAAAGAGUUUCCAUUACAGUACUUUUGUCUCUACCAAUUACCAAACUUUCUUCUGAAACAAAGGAAAACAUUUUUUCAUUGUUAGGAAGUUGUUGGUAUUGGCAUUGGAGCUAAUCAGUUUAAAUGCCCAUCUCUUCUUCUAACACACACUUGUGGCAGGUGUUUUGUUUUAUUUUGUUUAAAAGAACAGUGCUGCAACAAAAUGUCUUGUCCUUCUGUUGAAGCCCAUUGUUUCACGUUCUGAACCCAGAAAGGAAAACCUCAAUAAUUUUUCUGAAUCUCAGCCUUGACUUUCUCUCAAAAGGUCCCAAAACAUAGUGGGAGUUUAGACUAAUGAUAGACAGAUUCCCCUCUACUUGACUUGGGAAUCAGCACUGUAUUUAUGAGCUUUUUUGGCAAAUAUUUGGAGAAGGUUCAUCUUUCUCCCCACCACCACCAGAUUUUUCUCCAGUCUUAUGAUGUCAGCAUAUUUGUCUUGCUAGUGCACAUAGAUGUGUACAAUUGCCUUCCUUGUGAACUCUGCACUAUACAGUGGGCCUUUGCUAUCUGCUGUAGUUUGGCUCCAGACUUACCCUGCUCCCCAUGGAUACCCAAAUCCAUGGUGUAGUAAAAUGCCCCCCCCCCCUAUAUAAAAUGGCAAAAUCAAGGUUUGCUUUUUGGAUUUUGUAGUUGAAUAUGUUCGAGCCAUGGAUGCAGAAUCCAUGAAAAUGGAAAGUGGACUGUAAUUUCAUUUGUGCCAUUAUCGAGCCAACAUCACCAUCCAAAAGAGGGAGCUGCAUGGAAGAUGAACAAAACAUGCUUCAAACUAAUUUCUGUGACAGGUUUCAGGUUGGAUUGGGGAAAACCACCUCAUAAAAUAAUUGCAAGAAACAAUCAAGACAAUAAACUGACCCAGGCAGCUGCUUGGUUGUAAGGCCCUAGUCUGUAUCAGCCAAUUAAAUUGAGACAAAUAGGCAAUAAACAUUUAAUAAUUUCUUUAUAUGGGCAGCAAAUGAGUGUCUGCGCUUGGUCUGUUGACUGCUGACCAUACAAGCACAGAAUGUAACAUUACGAGGUAGAGAAGACCUAUUCAAGAGAAAUAACAUUUGAUUUGCAGUACAACUAGAUAUUGCAGGCUAGAUACAUUCAUUUGCUCUAUUACAGAUUUUAAUAAUAUUACAAGUUUUGAUCUGUCAUUUAGAGAUUACUGAUGGGGUCUUUGGUCCUUUUCCAUCUGGAUCUCCUACUAAAGGUGUAUUUCAAAUGUAGGGAGAAGAGAAUAUGUUGAAAUACAAAGCUCUUCUAGAUAGUUCCUAGUACUCCUAAUCCAAAGACUUGGCGCAGCUGCUCUGUCUUGCAUUUUUUUUUAUAAAUUUUCUUUGAAAGGAAUAAAGACAGAAGCAGCUAUGGAAGCAAAUGGCAGGAUUAAACAUGAAAAGUGAUGUCUGAAAACCACUAAAGCCUAAAUGCAAUUCUAUAAACAAGGUGAUAAAAUAAAAGCCUUGUCUGGAAGCACCCUCUUGAGCCCCCAUUAAUCUUCUGAUUUAAAUUCUACCCCACCCCAGUUGUGAUCCUUGUCCUAUUUUGCCAAGUGAAAUGUUGGUCCUGUGAUUGAGCUCUGGCUAUUCAAGAGUUAGUUGUAAAAGAAGCAGUGUAGCUGUAACCAAGCACUUGUGAGAAUUUUUUGGCAGACAAACAACACAUGUCCCAGAAAAAUUAUUAUUGGAGUGCAAACAGUUACUAGAAACACUAUAUGCUCAGAUAAGAGGUCCUUCUUGAUGUCCCCAUUAAAAUCUAUGUGCAUCCUUGGCACUAAUCCUGCAUAAUUAGUUGUCUUCAUACAGCGCCUCUUAGGAGGAAUUCUGUUCCACAUACCAUUUCUUCAUGUCUUCUACAUUUGAGCCCAAUAUUCAUGAGUAGAUGUAUAUGUGAGUAGAGCACACUUAAGCAGAGGCAGCCAAUACCACUGUACUGUAUAUUACCUUUCAAAAAAUUGGUAGCCUGUGCCUGAUACUAUGAUACUGUAAGUGUUGUUGUUUAUAUCACACUACUGCCAUGCUGUCUUUUAAAAUGAGAACAGUUCAUCAAGAAUAGCUGCCGGUUCUUUACUCUGAUAUGACUAAGCGUACAUGGAAAAAUAGGUAAGGUUCAUCCUUUUCCAACUCAGGUCACUUUGAUUGUCAAUAUGAGGGGAUUGUUAAGAUCCUGCACACAAAGUAGGUUAGUCUUUGAGUGUCCAACCUUACAAAGCAGAACUUUUGGCAUUUGAUUAAGAUGCCAUACCCCCUGCUGUUACAAUAAGGGGCAAGUCCUCCUUGCUCAUGCAGAACAAGGCACUUCCUUAACAUACUUGUAUCCUCCAGCUUACGCUCAGGUUCCUCUUAGUGAUCGCUCUCCCUUUUUUGAACCCCAGCCUGUUCUCCCAGCAGCUAUCAGGCACCUGACUCUGAAGAACAAGAUUUGAAAAUUCCAGUCCACAAUGGUAGAAAGAAAGUCUGGACUUUUACCUGAGAGAAAUCUGUAUAAGCCAUUGCCUUGGGAAAAAAUAGGGCCAGCAAUUUAUUUGUUUUAUCAUUCUGCAUAGGGAGGGAAAUAUUCUGCCACUCCGCUGCCAAGAAUGCUGAAAAAUCUUCAGAGUUCUUCAGAGGGAUUUAGUAUAUUUGGUGCUUUGAGCAGCUUGAGGAUUUUUCAUUCUGCCUCAUUCAUUGUAUAACUUUGUACUGGUGCUGUUCUUUCCUUUUCACACUACUUCAAGAACUGACCUUAUCCUCAUUUUACUCUAUAGUAUAACCUGGUUUUCCAGGGCUUCUGGCAGUGAUCCUAAAUUCUAGGAGGGAGAGCUUGCUGCAGCCAAGAUUGUGGAGGGCUUACAUUCAAAUUUUCACCUUGAACUCCUGAAAGAGAAGCUGUUCCAAGAUGCACUGUUAACUUUCUCUGUGCCUCUUUCUCUGCAUUAUUGCCUCUUACCUCUUUCCUAGGACAUGUUCAUGUUCGGUAUCUGUAUGGAUAUUAUGCUAGGAGACAUUAUCAUGCUAAGGACUUGAAGCUUUGUCUUGAGUUUCCUUUUUUAUGUAACUACCUCUGUUGCCUGACCAGAACCACACUGUGGUCACAAAAAUGCUGCCUAGAUUCAACAUUUAUCUACUAUAAGGCCUCUGUUCUAAACUGUAGACAUGUCAGUCCACAUCUACUCAGUCUCACAAAGGCUUAUUGGACGAUACGUAAUGUAAAAUGCAGUAAGUGAGCAAUGUCAUUUGUUAAGGUAAGAGACAAACCUUCUGGAUAUAGUUCCCACCGCCACUCCCCACCCCUGGAUUAGAUUCAAGAACAGUACAGUUAUCAUUUUUGUUUUUGUAAUUCUGGCUCCCUGAGUAAUUUGUGGUAGAAGAAAGGAAACUAGCAUAGACCUUUGUUAAAAUGCGAGUUUUAUCUAGAUGCAGAGUCCCAUUGCCAGCAUUCCCAGAAUUUCAAAAUAUAAAUUGGACAUGCUUCGUACCACUGAGCUCAAGGGCAUGACCUGCUAUAGAAAUGUGUUUUAGGAUUACUGAGGCAAGCUUGCAAUUUUGAACUGGACUUAAAUUCCACAUUGAGUCUGUUUUUUAUUUUUCUAAAAUCAUAUUUCUAACUCUUGAGAUUGCAGCUGUUGUCUUUAAACGUGUAUGUGUUUGAGCUAGUGAAACUCUUAAAAUUCAAAAAUGGAUCUAAAACUUUCAGGCAUUUUUCAGUCACCUGUGUAGGUUUCUUUGCCCAGUCGAAUAUGUGCAAAUUACCUACUUUUUGUGUAUUAUAGAGCACGCAUAAUUAAUGUUAUCUUCUGCAGAUAAUGUUACAUCGUGUGCAGCUUGUCAACAUCUCCCUUCAACUGUCCAAUUCUGGGAACCACAGUUGAAGGGAGAUGUUGACAAGCUGGAAAGCGUCCAGAGGAGGGCGACUAAAAUGAUUAAGGGUCUGGAGAACAAGCCCUAUGAGGAGCGGCUUAAAGAGCUUGGCAUGUUUAGCCUGCAGAAGAGAAGGCUGAGAGGAGACAUGAUAGCCAUGUACAAAUACGUGAAGGGAAGUCAUAGGGAGGAGGGAGCAAGCUUGUUUUCUGCAGCCCGGCAGACUAGGACACGGAACAAUGGCUUCAAACUACAGGAAAGGAGAUUCCACCUGAACAUUAGGAAGAACUUCCUCACUGUGAGGGCUGUUCGACAGUGGAACUCUCUCCCCCGGGCUGUGGUGGAGGCUCCUUCCUUGGAGGCUUUUAAGCAGAGGCUGGAUGGCCAUCUGUCGGGGGUGCUUUGAAUGCGAUUUCCUGCUUCUUGGCAGGGGGUUGGACUGGAUGGCCCAUGAGGUCUCUUCCAACUCUACUAUUCUAUGAUUCUAUGAUUCUUGGUUUUUAAGAUUGAUUUCAGUACAUCGUGUGCAGCACCUUGAGUCCAGCCAAGAAUAUACUAGAGAAGUCCUGUCCUUUUCCCCUCAUGGUGUGGGGAAUGUAGCAAAGCAUACAGAAAAUGAGCUGAAUUCUUCAAGUAAAUUUCCUUUAUGCUGGGCCCAAUAUUCAUUUCAGUAUGUCAUUUUAAGAAAAAGACUACUGAAUGUAUUUUGACAUUCGAUCUUAUAUUUUACAUUCAAUAUUCCCAAACUUACUUUGCAGAAGAAAUGGACGCUUCAUGAGAAAAAUUCCCUAUUAGGCCUUAAGCCUUUGAGGCUAUUUAAAAGACCAUAAGUUUUUAAAUACCAUUACAAACAUCCCUACCCAAAAGUCUAUACAACCCAUUGCCUCAGAAAGAUGUAAUGAACGUGACAUUACAGCAUUUUGCUCAGGAAAAAUACGGAAUUCGGUGUUCAUUCUACCUUUUUUCAUGGGCAUCUGUUCAUAAUAAACAAGGUUGAACUAAAUAACUAGUAACUACAGCAGAUGAUCUCAUGAUGCUAGGCUUGAGACCUGGACAUGUAUGGUUGCUUCAUUCUACUGGUGAGAAUUUCCUCUCCUGUGAAAAACUAUCUUUACACCAUCAGAGCCAAUAGAGCUAAAUCAAACUGCUAAAAUCAACCCACCUCUGAAGUUUCAUUGAAAGCUUGCUGCUUCUAAUGGUGAAACUAACUUUCCAUGAUGCCUCUUGCAUGUAUGAACUAUCACUGGUAAGGCAUAAUUUCUUUGUUUAUCAGCUUCCAAGUUGGAUUCAGUCUGACAAUCACAUUUCAAAUUGUUCAUUCCAUUCCAUAAACUUCUCACUAGUAUAGCAUAUGGCUCUAGAGUAUGACGUAGGAAAUUUUAGAGUAAAAGUACAGUAAUCACUCAGCUUAAACAAAUAGCACGGGUAGCAAUUUCCUGUAUUAAGAAGAUAGUAAACCCUACUUGACUGCCUCAGUUAAAACACCUUUCCAGUGCUGUACUUUUGUGUGUGAUGUUGAUCUUGCCAUUUAAACAAGUUUUCAGAUGAAUUUCACAUCCAUCCUUUCUUAUCUCUUACUGAAUAAUGCUGUUUUCAAUAUGGCUAGAUGGCAGAAAUUGUUAAUUUUCCUUGGAUCAAUGUAGCAAUUGAUGCUUAAAUUGGAAGUUCCAGUUUGGUCUUUUUCCACAUUAGACUUAAUUUAUUAACACCUGCUCCUAUGAUGCCUAUAUACUGCAUGGCACACAGUAGAAUGUUGCAAUUGCUGCUAUCAAUAACAAAAUGUGUGCAUAAUACA